UAUCUACCUUCAUCUUCCUCUCUUCGUUCAUCGGAAAAAAUGGUGUCUAAUGGUGGUUCCAACUUCCUUUUGGGCCAAACUGUACCGUGCCUGCUUUUCCUGGUUUUCGGGCUUGUGUUGUUGGUUUCACUUCAAGCGGAAGCAGCCAUAAAGAAGUAUCAGUUUGAUGUACAAGUGAGCAAUGUGAGCCGGUUGUGCCAUGCAAAGCCGAUUGUGACUGUAAAUGGAAGGUUUCCGGGCCCUACUAUUUACGCUAGAGAAGGCGAUAGAGUCGUCAUCAACGUAACAAAUCAUGCACAAUACAACAUGUCAAUUCAUUGGCAUGGGUUGAAACAAUACGCUAAUGGAUGGGCAGAUGGACCAGCGUACAUAACGCAAUGCCCAAUCAAGACAGGAAGUAGCUACGUUUAUGACUUCAAUGUUACGGGACAAAGAGGCACGUUAUGGUGGCAUGCUCAUAUUCUUUGGCUCAGAGCCACGGUGUAUGGCGCAAUCGUCAUCUUGCCCCAACAAGGAACCCCGUAUCCGUUCCCAAAGCCCGACAACGAACAUGUCUUGGUAUUCGGUGAAUGGUGGCAUGGUGACGUGGAGGAGAUUGUGAAGCAGGGGAAUGCCAUGGGUUUACCCCCUAACAUGUCUGAUGCCCACACCAUCAAUGGCAAACCUGGACCACUCUUUCCGUGCUCCGAAAAACAUACCUUUGCGAUGGAAGUCGAGCAAGGGAAGAAAUACCUUCUGAGGAUUGCAAACGCGGCCCUCAACGACGAGCUCUUUUUUGCAAUCUCCGGCCACAAUAUGACGGUGGUUGAGAUAGACGCCGUCUACACAAAGCCCUUUACCACCUCCACUAUACUAAUCGCUCCUGGCCAAACAACAAAUGUUUUGGUUUACGCCAACAGUGCUCCAGGCCGCUACUUUAUGGCGGUCCGCCCCUUCCAGGACGUUCCCAUUCCUGUGGACAAUAAAACCGCCACCGCAAUCCUGCAGUACAAAGGCAUUCCCAACACCGUUCUCCCAUCACUUCCUCAACUACCAUCACCAAACGACACCGCUUUUGCGUUAAGUUACAACAAAAUGCUUCGAAGCCUCAACACUCCUAACUUUCAAGCUAACGUGCCCUUAAAAGUUGACCGGAAUCUUUUCUUCACCAUCGGAUUAGGGAAGAGUGUGUGUCCUACUUGUAUCAACGGAACCCGGCUUUCGGCUUCACUGAACAACAUUACGUUUGUGAUGCCGCAAACCGCACUUCUUCAAGCUCACUACUCGAACAUGAAGGGGGUGUUUACGGCUGAUUUCCCCGAUAAGCCACCAAAAGCUUUUAACUACACGGGUGCACCAUUGACCGCAAACCUUUUCACUACUCAUGGAACGAGACUCAGCAAAAUCCCCUUCAAUUCAACGGUCGAACUUGUGAUCCAGGACACCAAUUUACUAAGUGUCGAGUCCCACCCGUUUCACCUUCACGGAUACAAUUUCUUUGUGGUCGGAACAGGUGUUGGGAAUUUCGAUCCGGCUAAGGAUCCAGCCAAGUACAACUUGGUGGAUCCACCGGAAAGAAACACUGUUGGUGUUCCCACAGGUGGUUGGUCAGCGAUCCGUUUCAGAGCCGACAACCCUGGUGUUUGGUUUUUUCACUGUCAUUUGGAGUUGCAUACUGGGUGGGGACUAAAGACCGCGUUUGUGGUGGAAGAUGGACCAGGAAAAGAUCAGGCGGUUCGUCCUCCACCCAAAGAUCUUCCACCAUGCUAACUAUGCAUACGGGGCACAUGAUAUCUCUCGGAAAGAAGUGUAAAUCUGCGAGUGUUCAGUAAUAGUUAUUCAUUAAGUGGAUAUUUUAUUGAUUAUUUUUAUACAAAUGUUGAAUAAGAAAGCUUAUAAGGAAAAUAUCUUUUGUUCAUCUCUUUUAGCUGCAAA